AUGAACCCUUCAACUACUUUGGAAUUUAUGAAAUCUUGCGCCGAAAGCAGCGCCGCUUGCAUCAAUUGCGCCCAGAAUAUGAGAGACGAGGGGUGCGCUCAACAAUGUCGUACGAACGCUGCGCUCGCCGAUUGUGCCGAAAAACUUAUCGCCUUGAAUGCCCCACAGGCGAUCAAUGUUGCGCAAUUGACAAUCGAAUCUGCUAAACAUUGCAAUGAAAUCUGUUGCCAGCAUCAAAAUGAACACUGUCAAGCAUGUUCCCAGGCUGCCAAAAACCUCGCCGAAUCUUUGACUCACUAUCAAACUCUGAUCAAAGGAACUCACUGA